AUGUUUUCGCGGGUAGCUUUUGCACGGACCACGCGUGCGCUUAGGCUUAUUUCUCUGCAGUUAGCCAAUCAAAGUGCAGCAUUACGGACGUGCGAGGGUUUUUUCUCGUGUUCGAAAAUGGCCGAUGCCGGCGGUGAAGAGAAGCUGAGCAAAAAGUGAGUAUUUUGUUUAAUAUUUUGUGACGAUAUUUAGUGUUUACCAACUAUUUCGUCAAUUCAUUCAACGUUAUUGUGUUUUCGGUCAUCAGUGAGCUUAAAAGGAGGCUCAAGGCUCAGCAGAAAGCCAAAGAAAAAGAGGCAAAGGAAGCCCUGAAGGUAAUUUUUGUCCGCCGUUUCGUGACCGUGAAACACGUGGUCAAUGUUGGUUUCAACUUUGCACUUACGAAAGCGUUGAUUUCUCAGGCGCAAAGCGGUGCAGUGGCCCAAAACAAGAAGAAAGAUGAAGUAGAUGAGGAAACAUUGGAUCCCAAUGUAAGCUUAAGUAACAAGCCCUUUCACGUUUUUGGAGUUCACUCCUUCAGCCGAAUACAUGUGCAUUGCUCUUUUGUGCCUGUAUAAUUAAAAUUGCAAAUAUUAUUGUACCUCACAAUUCUCUAAAGCUAAUUUUUUGAAUGAGUUUUAAACUUUGCUUGGUAAAAGUUGAAAUAUACGUACACGCCUUGUUUCUAAAAAUAAAAAAUUCUUCCGCCCAUUGCUAAGCAUUGCAUCACCCAAAAAUUUCCCGGAAAAUGACCCGUGGUGAUCUUGUCUCCCUUGUAGGAUCCGUUGCCCCGUUUUUUAUGUGCUUAUCCUCUCCAACUCGUUUUGCUACCCACUUAAUGUUGCGAUGGCUUUCUGUUUAAAAAAAUGAUCAUAUAACAAUUAAACCCCAUUUACCAUCAUGUUUUAACAGUUUGCUUUGUCUUUUUAUGUGUUUUCUUGGGGGAGGGGGAGGGGAUUUUGGGGCUGGAUGGAGAAUUUGAGGACGCAGUCUGGUACAUGCAUAUAAUUCUCUAUUUGAUAUUCCUGUGGGCAAGCCCUAAAAUCAAAGUCUCACAUCCAUCCAUUCACUGGUGAGACUCAUGGAAAUGAUUGGAGAGCAAUGAUAUCAAGAGCCCAGCUGGGUGAUUAGUGAAAUAAAAAUUGAUAUCCCCUCCCAUUACGUGUAACUCUUGCAUCAUAGUCUGAUGCCCCAUCUAUUCACUGGCGAGACUCAGGGAAAUUAAUAGAGAGCGAUAACAUCUAAAACUCAGGGUGACCAGUUUAUCAAAAUGUUCUCUAUUUGAUAUCCCCAUCGACAAACCCUUAAAUCAAAGUCUUGCAUACAUCCAUUCACUGGCAAGACUCAGGGAAAAUGGAGAUUAGUAAUUUAGAGAUUUAGAGUCACUCUUUUUUUCGUGUACUAUUCAUUACUUCUACUCCAAAAUUAUUAGUUCCACACUAGUUUUUUUGAGCUGUUUUUACUUGCAUAUUUUCUGUUUUGGGAAAUCUUCGAUUUGAAUCUGGUGUUUGCGGUAAACUUUUCUCUUAUAUCAAAAGCACAGGGUGAUUGGUAAAAUAAAAGUAAAUGAUCCUUGACAUAAUGGCUAUAAUCAUUUUGCCUUGUUGUUUUCUCAGCAAUACUACAAAAUCCGAAGUCAAGCUGUUGAAGCUUUGAAGGCCACUGAUGAAUCACCUUAUCCUCAUAAGUUCCAUGUUUCUAUCUCUCUUUCGGAAUUCAUUGAAAAAUACAAAGAUGUUGAGGAUGGCACAUGGAAUGAUGAUCUUGUCUCUGUUAGUGGUGAGUUUAAAAUUUGUUUGUUUGGUUGGUUGGUUAUCAUUAUAUUUUAAUCAUAAGUAAAGGAAAGUAUUAUUCAACCGGCGGCUGUCAUUAAGUUCUGCAGGCUGGGGAUUUUCCAGAGUCAUGAUAAACAUGAUUCCUGAGUGGUCUCAGAGGAAAAAAGAAAAAGAAAACCAAAAGAACCACCUAGCUGUUCAAUUUUCCACCUACUAACUGCAUAUACCAGGAAACUUGAAAUCUUAGUGAUAUUCUCACUUGUAAGGUUGUGCUGUAGGUAGCCCAGUUUUUGGAACUGUCUGUCAAAUCCAGGGUGCCCUGAGUAUUUGAUUUUUACCAAAAAAAUCUGGUGACUUCCUGGUAAGGUGCUGCCAGAGCUCAGCCUUGUUCGUGACAUAGCAGGAAUCAAUCAUUAUUGUUUUUAGGUUAUACAAUAGUAUUAUUAUUGGACUAAAUUUUUUCUAAUUUAUGCAAACCCUAGGAAUGUGAGAAAGUGCAAGUGGUGUUUAUAUAGUCAAUUAUAGCCCUGAUAAUCAUUAAAACUUGCGUAGCAGUAUUAUGGGGUUAGUGCACUAGGUCAUUUUAGGCUUUUCCUAUAAGGCUAAAUCUGUGAGCAGGCAAGUUGAUGUGAUUCCUCUGUUCUGAUUAGCUACCCUCGUGGGUCUUGCCUGCUCAGGAUUUCCUGCAUUGGUCCCGCAAGAAAAAAAUUCUCAUUCCCUCUGCCAGAGUCAUUCUAUGAGCUUUAAUAAAAUGAUUUUAAUUCACUGAAUCUCUCUUAUACAGGUAGAGUCCACGCAAAGCGUUUGUCAGGAGCCAAACUUAUAUUUUAUGAUUUAAGAGGAGAAGGAGUGAAAAUUCAGGUUAUGGCAGAUGCCAGGGCUUCAGAGCAGGAUUUCUUAGCUGUACAUAAUAAAAUACGACGCGGGGAUAUCAUUGGAAUAAAGGGAAAGCCAGGUAAAUGAAAAAUCACAUUAGUUAAUAAUCUUUUUAUUUUUUCCAUUUUAACGCAAUUGUGAAGAAGUAUAACACUCCUGGGUCGGGUUGUUCAAAGCAGGGUUUAAGAUAACUCAGGUUUAGUACAAAAUUUCAAUUCAGAUAUGAAAGCUUAAAAAGCGAAUUCAGUUUUAUUCUUUUUGUCCACUAUUUGAUGAUUUGAUGCUCUAAACAGAAUUGAGAAAAUUAUCUGGAAAAAUGCUUUUGAACAAAAGAAAAAGAAACCAGGGUUAAUAUUAAUUUUAACCACUGGUCAGCGCUAAUUGGCCUUCGAAUGACUGGGCCCUGAAGAGUAAUGAACAUAAAAUUAAUAGUUAUAAAAUGUCAUCACUUUUGGCACCAAGCUUAACAACUGCCAUCUGUCAUUAUUUCAUAACCACUCACAAUAUCUUCAUCACUGCUGACAGACACCCUAGCAGUAUGCCAGAUGUAUCACUUUCAAACUUAGUAAAGUGGCAACUUCAACUUUUGGUAAAAAAAGUUGUCUUUAAAAGUCAUUGACUUCUAAACAUAUCCCACAAAUUAAAGUCUUGUAACUUUUUUAUUAUUUUUCUUUUUUUGCAGGCAAAACAAAGAAAGGUGAACUGAGUAUUCUGCCAUCUACUGUUUCACUGUUAUCACCUUGUCUACACAUGCUUCCACAUCUCCACUUUGGACUUAAAGACAAGGUAUUAAUAAAUUUGAAUUUUUAUUUAUUAUGCUGUCUUAAUGUGCCAUCAUUCUAGGGAAAAAUAUGAACUGACCCAUGUAGAGAAUGAUUAGGAUUAGAUUAGGCCACUUUCAAUUUUCAGCUGUAUCAAUCCGUUUUGUCAGAUUUGAAGACCUCAAGCCUGUGAUAGAAGACCACAAGGUCAUGUGGUUACUGUAGCUGUCAAUUCUUUGCAUUUGUUCAAUGCCGUGCAAUAAAGUACCACAAACAGUCAUGUAGUAAGUACCUGACAGGGGAAUUACUUUAUGGCUUAGUUUAGUAAAUGUUUAUGAAACCACCCAUAUUGCUUUGUGGUCUUGUUGUGUCACCCUUCUGACAUCAUAAACUUAUAAAAGCCUGUGUAUAAUUUUGUUCAAAAUUCAGGUUUGGUUACAAGUUCCUUCAUUAUAUUCCUCUUAAUCUAAGAUUAAGGGGAAUAGAAUAAAGAAAAUGGUUAAUGUUACCUUACACUAAAAUGUUGAUGUAUUUUCUUUUCAGCACCUUAAAUAUUUAUUAUAGUUUUUAAGGGAACGCGUCCAAAUAUCGGUAGGGAACCCGAUCAUGGGAAACGGACCCGAUUAAUUUUCCGAUUGAUAGGAAUCGGUACCGAUCUAUAGGCACCAGUUGCCGUUUCCGAUUACGAUAAAAACUUUGCCGAUUCAAUCGGAGCCGGUUGACAUUCCGAUGUUCAUAUGUGUCAUCGUCAUAUUAUUAUUUUUAUCUGAUAUGUAAAAUGAAGCGUGUCACGAACCAAAUAAUGAAAGAGUCGUUUCACUCCAAAAUAAUUUCAAUCGACUGUACCUUUUUCCUACUCCAUAACAAAUAGCAAUAUUGUAUGUUCCUGCAUGUUGUGUUUCGAGUUUGUUGAUUUGAUGCGUGCCUAUACACAUGAUUUUCGGCGUUUUGCAGAGGUAUUUUCUUCAGUCGAUCGCAAACACCACGCUGCUCCAUAACAUUAAUUAUUCUAUGAAAAUUAAAAGGAGUUAAAUAUUACGAAGCAAAACACCACUGUUCUUCGUUGAUAUAUAGCAAGCAAAACACCUUACUGAGUAGUGUGUUCUUUACUCGAUACUUUCUAACAAUGCAAUCCAAAAACACAACCGGAACUCACUUUUCCGAAACGCAACUGGAUUCAUAGACUUGUUACAAGUAGACCUCGACGGGUUUCCUAGCAAGCGGAGCGAGAGCAAAACCAUGGAUAAUAUAAAACCACGGGAUAAACUUUUACGAAAAUUUGCGUCUUUCAUUCAACGAUCCUAAACGCAAGGUGUAAUGCGAUCUGAGGGAAAAAAUACUGACCAAUUAGAUUGCGGCCUUAGAUUGUCUCCCGGGAAUUAGCAACAAGAACUGAAAGAUUCCCACACUCGCAAGUCACGGAAGACACGGAACGAAGUUUCAUGCAGGAGCUACCAAAGAGAGAAUGGCUUAGCGACUUUGCUGUAUGUUCUGUGAGCUUGAGCAUGGUGCCACGUGAAAUUGCUUUCCACUCUCAGCACUUAGAAAAAUUUGCACUUGACUCUAGGUGGCUGACUUUUUGACAAAAAUCAGAACCUUUUUUCCCGGAGUGUUCCAUUAAAGCAAACUGUGCAUACAUCCGGUAAGUUCGACUCAAUUUAAUAGCGGAAAGAGAAUCGAGAAAGAGAAAACCAGUUGAACGCCUCCAUCAGUCACUUUUUUGAGUUCAUAUGCAACCAAUAAACAAGUUGCAGCCUGAUUCUCAGACGAUGUCCUCUUCUCUCCUGUGGCAAUUUAGCAGUUAAAGUACACAACAUGGUAACAACAUUUGCAUUUUGGUCGUGGAUGUUCUGACUUCUAUUUUUUUCGUUUACAGUCCUAAACUGUUUAUUCCUCCAAAGAUUCCUAUAAUCAUACGUUUUGGGUUCCGGUUAGCACAGGCUCAAGCUAUUUUAAAAUUAUCAUUUUGAGAUCGUACACUUGCAAUGUACAUUGCGCCGUCUUUCACUCAAAAGAUGCUCUUCAGCGUUUUUGAAUGACCUGUAGUUAAUUUUCUUCUCGUGCCCAUUUUGAUACACAAAUUUAAUAUUUUCUGGUCAUACGUUGUCAUAGGAAAUACAAACAAAUGUUCGAAACUGUGAUGUUAAAUUUCGGUUCAAACAAGACACAUUCAUAAGAAAGAUAAGGUUAUAAAAAACAACAUUCACGCUUUUGCUUUUGCUUUUGCUUUUGUGACGGGUUAUUUGAGCUGCCAGAUAUUUUUGAUGACCUUUGUUAAUUGGCCCGAUAAAGACUUGAGACCCGUUGCCGAUUCCGUUUCAUUCGGUGCCGAUAAAAUCGGGUCCGACCUUCAACGGAAUCGGAAAAAAUCGGUGCCCAAUUGAUCGGCAUCGGUGUGACCCGAUGCCGAUAUUUGGACGUGUUCCCUAAUUUUUAUCAAAACAGGGCUAUUUGAACUGAAGCUUAAUUGAUGUUCAACCUUUCUUCAACUCGCACACAUUGAGGGAGAUCUUAUUCUCAUUAUGUCGCAGACCUUCUUUCAGUGUGUUUCACUUGGUUUUUACAAUACUUUUAGUUUCAAACCCCUCUCUCGCACUCAAACAGGCUUAAGGAAAAUCUAUGAAAAGGAGAUACAGUGCUACAUGUUCCCUCAAGACUGACACUGGAGGAUUUAUCGAGUGACGGUCUCUGCAUGAAUGUACAGUUGUGUGGAGCAAUAAGCAAGAUCAUUGCGUGCAUUUGGAUUCUUUCUUUACCUAGCUCUUAAAUAAUAGUACUAUUUCUUUAUGGUUAGCUGUAUCACAUGUUUAUAUUUUUUUUUUCAGGAAACAAGGUUUAGACAGCGUUACCUGGAUCUCAUUCUCAACGAAAAAGUUCGGGAAAAAUUUGUUGUCAGAGCAAAGAUCAUCAACUACAUCAGAAAGUUUCUUGACAGUUUAGGGUUCUUAGAAGUAAGUUACAAAACCUACUGGAAGUUGUGUCAUCUUACGCUUCUGGGCUUCUGAUCCUCAAACCCACCCCCCACCCCCACCUCACCCCACCCACCUGGAAUUUCUAAUCCCCUUUGUGGGGAAGGCAUGGAUCAUAAUUAUGUUCUGGAACCACAUGUGCACUCCAAUUACAGUGUACAAGGAAAACCAGGCAAAUUAUAUAUUAAUUUUCCUUUAGAACUUUUCUGGUGUUAUUCUGUUUUAAAAUGGAUGAUACAGUGUCAUAAAAAUACUAAAAUGCAGGUAUUAAACCUAAAGUUGAGUAAUCUAAUGUGUUUUCUUCAUGUUGUUAAAACAGGUAGAAACACCUCUAAUGAACAUGAUUCCUGGUGGUGCUGCUGCCAAACCUUUCAUUACACAUCAUAAUGAGCUGAAUAUGGAUCUUUACAUGAGAGUAGCACCAGAACUUUACCACAAGGUAACCAGAUUAACUGUGUAACUAGUUAUCUUACCAAGUCUGGUACUCAAAGCACAUUAUUAACAACCAUCUACAGCUGUUCCAGUAGCAAAUGUUACUUCCUUUUCUUCUUCUCCUUUGCUUCUUUCUGUUUUUCUGCUGAUCAAACCAAGUUUUCUUUUUCAAAUCGACUUAUGUUAACAACAACAACAACAUUCUUCAUUAUACUCACUCUUGUUUAACGAUAAAUUGCAAGAAUGAAAAUAAUAUAAUAUGAAAGUAAAAUUAAAGUAUUGAAUGUUAUGGUGAAUACUGGCCUCUCUUCAGGAAUAGAUUAAAUUAUUGUCAUAAUCUUUACUUCUCAAAAACAAAUUUAUAGUAUAAUAAUUAUGUACAUGUAGGUCACCUCUGUGUGUAAUAUCAUUAUUGUUCAAGUUUUGAUAGAGGUCAGGCUGCUGAAUGUUGUCCAUGGAACAUACUGGUAGUUUGUUUUUAUUGACUUAUUGCUGACUUACUAAGUUGUUAAAACAUGUUUUUGUUUUACUUGUAGAUGCUUGUAGUUGGAGGUAUUGACAGAGUGUAUGAAAUUGGAAGGCAGUUUAGAAAUGAAGGUACACAAUAUAAUGUCAUUAUUUUCGCAGAACAUUCACCUUAUUAUCAUCCAUAAUGACUUUAAAACAAUUAUUAUUGAACCACAUGAGAUACACCUGGCAAAACUACAGCCACUAACUCUUACAUGCACAUUAAGACUGUGUUUCACUAGCAAGAGAGUCAAAAUGUCUUUGGCUUGAUGGAGUUAGAGUUGAAAAAAAUUAUCAGAACAGGUCCACUUUUUUCCAACAUUGCUUACGACUCUGUGGCUUACCAAUAGGUGUAAAGGAAGACCAGAUUCUUGGACAUGCAAGCAAAAUUGAAAGAAUAAACUGAUCACCAUUCUUGUCACCAUGCAUUGUGCAUGGUUGGUGUAGUUAUUAGUUCUUUUACGGCUGUCCAACAAUCUGGACUUGUAAGUAGAGUCAGAUUGCAGUUUUCUCCUCAAGAUCAUAAAACUGUGUGCUUCUGAUUAAGACUCUGACUCCAUUGCUACUGCAUUUGUAAGAUCAUCAUGGAACACUAGUUCACAUGUUUGUUUUUACCCUAAUCUGUCUUGUAGCUGGUAAAAUAAUUGCUCCUGAGGCUACUGCUUACAAACCAAGCCUAUGGCAGGAGCCACCUUUUUUCUGGCCUUAUCCUGACACUCCCUUGCAGCAGUCCCUUGUAGCACUUGGCAAGCUUUUACUUCACAUUGUUUUACAGGCAUUGACAUGACUCAUAAUCCAGAAUUUACCACUUGUGAGUUUUACAUGGCCUAUGCGGAUUAUAAUGACCUUAUGGAGUUAACAGAAGUUAUGUUAUCAGGUUUGUAACCAGUUGAUGCUGCAGUGAAAUAAGACCCUAAGUGACUCCUGAUGCGAUAAGAAAGUCUUCCUUUGAUUUGCAAAGAUGCACAUGGCAAAAUGGAAGGAGAAUCUGUGGCUUUAAUUCAGGCACUCCCUCUAACCCUUUGAGAAUUAAAGGGAUUAUUGCAUGCCUUUAGAUUUCAUGGCAGAAUCAUGAUUUUAACCUUUUCUCCCAUCAAGCACUUGAAUAUUUUUAUAUUAUCUUUUUCCUUGGAGGCUCUUCCCAUAAAUUUAAGAAAAAUUUUUCUUUCAUUUUUAUUCGGUUCAACAGUAGUUUGUGUUGAACAUUAUUUUUACUACACAGUCUCCACUCUUCUCAAGGGCAGAUUUGGGUGCUCCUUCUCUACGCUUCCCCUUUCUCAACCAAAAUACCUCUUCUUUACCUAAAAAACCAUUGAAAAUACAGGAAAACAGAUCAAAUGUGUCACAGAGUAGUGAAUGCUUUGUGCUAGUACAAAAGGUACUUGUAUUCACUCAGCUGUGGCUCAGCUCACAUACAAAAUUUCUAAAUCGCUCCUAGCUUGCUUCAAGCAUUCUGUGCACCUGUUUCUUAUCGUUUCUACAUGUGUUACCUUUUUUUAAGGCAUGGUCAAGGCUCUGACAGGUGGUUAUGUGGUUACAUAUCAUCCCAAUGCAACUGAUCCAGAGAACUUGGGUGAACCUCUCACAGUUGACUUUACUCCACCCUUCAGAAGAGUGCAUAUGGUCCCUGACCUUGAAAAGGCCAUGAAUGUCAAGUUACCUCCACCAUCAGAAUUUGGAACUCCAGGUACUGAUUUGUAAUUUAAUAGCAAACUGUUUAACUGUUGACAAAUCAAGCUUUUCAGGAUUUGUUAUGAGUUGUAGAUUUUUUUUUAAUAGUGAUAAACUCAACUGCCUUUUUUUCAUUCCAGAGGCCAGACAAAUUUUUGAUGACUUGUGUGUCAAGCAUAAUGUCGAUUGCAGUUCUCCUAGAACAACUACAAGACUGUUAGAUAAGGUAUGUAUGUCCUUUUCUUGAGCAGAUCUAGGCCAGCAGGCAGCUCUUCUGGAAUUACCGUAAUACUACAAUGAUGAGUUAUUUUUUUCUGGACAUGCACAACCCAGUUACCCCUAAAUCCCAGAUGCCCCAGAUGGAUGCGCGUUUUGUGCUUGCAUUUUAGGAAAAAGCCCCUCUUUCUUUCAACUUUAUCCCUCAGGAGUUAUUCUCAACACAAAGAGAAAAUUACGUACAGUUGAACCUCGAUAAAAUGAAGGGCCAAUGGACUGACAAAAUCUGUUCGCUAUAACAAGGUUUUGUUAUAUCGAGGUUCAUUAUUGAGGUUCCACUAUCUCAGUAUUACCGCUUGGUUAUGUAAUACAUCCACUAAGCUCUGUUUAUUCACAUUGCAUUGUUGCGUGGUAGAUGCAAUUUUUGGAAAAAAUAGUUUUUUGUGACCUGUUGUUUCUGCAAAUAAAGUUACGUAGUCCCUCGCUCUCUCUGGAUGAACAUGAAAAAUACUUUAUUUUAUUUCAAACAUGUAGCAGCUAUGAGAAAGCCAAUACAUCAUGUCAUUGGAAAAAUAACCUCACUGGGCAUGUGGCAUAGCCUCUAGGGCCAUAACUGUCAACUGAAUCACGUGAGGUGAAAUCAAGACCCAAGUUAAUCACAGCUCUUCCUGUAUAAUGGAUUAAGGCUGUUUCAUGCCUUGGGAACAUAACAUAAUGUGUGUUAAGUACUAGACUGCUCAAAAUGUAGUCCUCACAAAUUUCCCUGACUUGUGUUGAUAUUUGAUCAGCUUGUAGGUGAAUUUCUUGAAGAGACUUUUGUCAGUCCAACAUUCCUCAUUGAUCAUCCCCAAAUCAUGAGUCCAUUGUCAAAGUGGUGAGUACUGUGUUCCAGUAUUUUUCAUCCAGUUCUGCUAAAAUACCAGUAAUACCCAUGUUUUUUUGAACCCUGAAUACAGUCCCUUAUGAAAACACAGGUUGAUGUUAUUUUGUGUAAUAGUGCAUUCAUUCAUUUUUUGUACUUCCUUCCCAUCUCAAUGCACACAUGUAUACACACUGACACACACAAAAGGUUAACACUUUGUCAAUGAUUUUGCUACCUCUGCGUCCUGUGACCCUGACGCAUAAAAAUCCCCAAAGGCGCAAAAUAUUUCAAUACAUGCAUCCUGUAGGACGCAAAGAUCGAUCCAUCUGAAGAUGUUUUUGAAGAAAAAUCCUGUUUGUUCGAUUUCUUUGGCUGUUAAUGUGGUUGUGAACUGAGACUCGAUGGUUCUGGACUGGGACUCACAAUUUUUGACAACAUGGGUCCCAUGUCUCACCAUAACUUUUUCUUACAAAAACACUGCUUUGUCUGCUAAAAUUUUAAAUGUCAAUGGAUGCAGUUACUUGAGGGAAUUAUCACUUGCCGUUUUUGUUACUAAUAAUACUCGUUGUAACUUAUCACUGUUCUUGUUGUGUCUAAAACAUAAAUGGUCUGCAUAAAACUCCCUUCAGGAACAAUACCAGAAACCCCUUAUGAGUUUCUGACAAUACUAAAUAUGUUGUCAGCAUCACCAGGCAAAUUGACUGUAAUGUAGUAAGGGGUCGACCAUUUGAUGUUUGAGGAGUGGGGGGUGGUUUGGGUAAGAUUUUUUAUUUCCCAAACCUCUGGAGAUGUAUUGUUUUUCCCCCGUCAUGCCCUGUAUAGCAAUGUAAGAUUUUUUACAGGAUUAUAUGCCACGAGAGAUAUUUUUUUCAGUCCAGGAUUUUUUUUCAUCAGGUAUUUCCUUGCCAGAUUUUUUCUUCCCUCGAAAUCAGUCUGCAAGGAUAUUUUUUUCUGAAAUCUCCCAUACCCCAAAUCACCACUCAACAGUCAAAUGGUCGGCCCCUUAGCUCAACUGCUUCUGAGAAACACAUAAUCAUGGUAUUAACAAGGCAACCAACACAGAGUCAUUUUUUUUGGCUGGUGUGAAUGCUAUUAGAGAAAUAAAUAGUUUUUCGUUAUGGCCAUACAGGUAAAUGUAAAAACUCUUUUUUUUUCAGGCACCGUUCAGUUCCAGGUCUCUCGGAGAGAUUUGAGUUGUUCAUCUGUCGUAAAGAGGUGUGCAAUGCAUACACUGAGUUAAAUGACCCUGUCAUACAACGAGAAAUGUUCCGACUUCAGACCAAGGUGAGUGGAUAGCCCCCUCACACACCCCAUCCUUCCUUGCACCCAUAUUACUUUCAAGUGCCUGUUACGACGACAUUGUAAAAUGGCUCAUUGUUCCUAGGUCAAAUAAAAAUGUUUAAGCUGUUUACUGUCACACUCAGAAAACUGAACACCUGAAAUAUUUCAAAAAAGUUGAUUGUGUAUUGGUAUUUAAACUGUAGGUAUGGCAAAGUGUCCUUUUUAAAUAAUGUUGAGGUUUCAAACUGGUAACAUCUAAAGGGUUUUAACUUUAAGUCCCUUGGUGUUGGUUUUCAUAGCUCGCUUGUAGUGCAUGCAGUUAAUGUAACCUCGCUGGGCAUGUGACAUAGCCUUCAGGGCCAUAACUGUCAACUAAAUCACGCGGGGUAAAAUCCAGACCCAAGUUAAUCACAGCUCUUCCUGUAUAGUGGAUUAAAGCUGUUUCAUGCCUUGGCGACAUUAGUUUUUCUUCGUGACUGUUAAGUUACGACCUCAAGUAUAACAAAUAAUACAUGGUAUGAUAAUGCAUUCAUCUCUCUCAGACGGACACAGGUGUUCUGGGCUAUACGUGGCCAUCUUGAAGAGAAUUAAUGUCUGUCUUAUUUAUACUGCGUGAGUCAACUAAAAAGAUUCAAAGAAGGGGAGGGACCGGUCUCUUAGCAGAUACAUGUACCUUAAUACGAGUUGCACACAGGAGCAACAAAUGGCAGAGUGCCUUAUUGUCUCUUGUUAUUGUCUGUCGUUUUUUGCAGGACAAAGCCGCCGGUGAUGAUGAAGCCAUGUUUGUCGAUGAAAACUUCUGUACAGCUCUUGAAUAUGGUCUUCCACCGACAGCGGGCUGGGGUCUAGGAGUAGACAGGCUUACAAUGUUCCUUACUGAUUCCAAUAACAUCAAGGUUUGUCCCUCGGCAGUGUUGAAACGAUGUCGGCAGUGUUGAAACUAUGUUAGAGGCCUACGAGAACGAGUUUUGACUUAAAGUAUUUUCGCGUAUUCUCAAAAAAAAAGGACACGCUAGAGAGUUUCAUUACUUUUCUUUUUUUCACCACAAAAGUUAACAUGGUUAUUUUAUUGAUUGUUUCCUUGUUUCCACCACUAUACCCUGGUUACUAGAGGUUUUUUUCCGCGCCUGGAUGGUUCGGUGUCGGCCGCAGGCCGAAUUGACCGGAAAUCGCGUAUGAAAAGUCUCUGGCACCCAGGGUACCGCGACUACGACAUAUAUUAGCUAAGGCCCCGUCCACACUUAUCCGGACAUUUUUGAAUCCGCGAUUUUUUGAAUCCGCUCUCCAGAGAGGAAAUUUUUGACGGACGCUAAAUCCAGAUGCUUUUUCAUCCGGUGACGUAACAAAUCGAGCCCAGUGCUUUACCGUGAAUACUGUAUUCAAGAUGGCAACCUCGUUGUCAGGUUCUCUCAAGGCCGCGCGCUCUUUUUUACAACGCAUGCUCUGUUGCCAAUUUUCCCAGCGGAGUCCUGGGUACUAGAGUGAAGCCGGAUACGUGUCAGAUACGUGUGGACGUGGAAACUUUUGAAUCCGGAAAGAAAAAGUUGUGGAUGCAAAAACAUCCGGAUGCAUGUUGAGGGGGCCUAAAACUCGUAGAAGAAUGAGGAUGGCUAUCACGGUUUCCCACCAAACGCACGGCCACUGCUUGGUAUAGAGAAAUUCUCAUACUCGUUAUGUCUUGGGUUUGUUGAUAACCUCACUGGGCAUGUGACAGCCGUCAGAGCUAUAACUGUCAACUUAAUCACGUGAGGUAAAAUCAACACCCAACUUAAUCAUAGCCUCCCCGCAGACGUCCUUUGGGAUUCGUUAGUCACGCAUUCAUUUCUCCCCGACGGACGAAAUGAAUGCGUGACGAACGAAUCCCAAAGGACUUCUGCGGGGAGGCUAACUGAACCACAGCACUUCCUGUUUUAUGGAUUAAAGCUGUUUCGUACAUUGGGAACAGACUAAAAGAAGUCAACAGGCUAAAACAAUCAAAGUCAGUGAAAACGUGUAUCAAUUUGCUGUUUGUUUUGUUGCAGGAGGUGCUGUUUUUCCCAGCUAUGAAACCUGACGAGGGAGGACCAACAGAACAAAGCGGACCAGGAGCUAAUCCAGGAGAAAAAGAGACAAAUUCAUAGACCUAAUUCUACCAACAGGAAGAAAAUGUUAUGAAAAUACAAAAAGAAAUUCCACAUGAUUGGAAAUGCAUUAAUAAGAUGGUCCAAGACUUUAGUUGAGAGAAUAAGAAUUUUUCUGUGGUCCAUUAAGGGGCUGUUGACGUGGAGGGAGGAAGAUCCUUGAAGGUGGAACAACUUUUCGUUGGGUUUACAUGCAACAAUUUCUGUCCGUCUGGUGCCCAAGUAGAGAAGGAGUUAAAGAUGGCAGGCGAGAAAAAAAAUGCAAUUUGGGCUCUUCUCCUCUCUUUACUGGCGUUAAUAAUUACCUUUCAGCAGAAUUAUCACAAUAAUCAGCUCCUGACAAAGCCAAACGAAAUGGUUGGCCUAUUUUUGCCGUGAUUACCUACGGAACGAACCCCCGCCAUUUUGUCUGCUUUGUUCCUGGUACAAGGAUCUUUCUAGCGAAGGCAGUUUACAUGGUGCUAGGAUCUUCUCCUUACACCAUGUACGUCUCAGCUAGGAAGAUCUUAGUACUAGGAAGAUCUUAGCUCUAAGGACAAGUACAACACUUUGCAUGCGAACUGAAUACAGAAAACAUAUGGCGCAAGGAUGAUCCGCCUUUUAGGAUCUUCCUGGUGCUAGGAUCUUUCUUCCUCUAUGUAAACAGCCCCUAACAGAGAAACAAAGAUGGAUUAGCUGAUCUUUGAUCAAGUCCACGAGCCAGUUUAUGUUCAAAAUAACAUUGGAGACUUUUAAUUAUGAAAAUACGGCAAACAAUGAGGUAUUCCUUGUCAUUUUAGUACACAUGUAAGAAAAUGCUCGGAGCAUUAGUCAAGCAAAAAAAAAAGCCACUGGUUAAAUGCUAAUUUGAAAAACUAAUGUAUAGCAUUUAUUUAUUGUUAUAGCCUAGACUGGUUUCCAUAUGAUCGCUACGAUGGUUCAUAUCACCGGAAAUUUUUCAGCGAUUGUGGCGAUCAUUUUGUAAACCAGGCGAUCUUUUUUUUAAAUAAAUAAUUAUGUUUAAAAUUAAAACGUCCUACAGCUAGCACUGUCAAGUGCGAUGGAUAUGGAUCGUUUUUGUUAAGUUCAGUGUUUUGCAUAUGUGGAUGAACACCAAACUGUGCGACUAUUUUUAAUGAAACCUAGAGCUUUGGCAGCAUUUCCACAUGGUAGUAUUUUUCCAGUCUUUUACUUUUAGACCUUGAAGGAAACCGACUUGAAAAAAAAAAAGUUGUUUACAUGGAAACGAGGGUUGACCACAACAAAAUUACAAUUUCUUACUGAAAACUAGAACACGCCUGAAGCUUAUCCAGAGUUUUGAUUAGCUUGGACCCCAUAGUAUUAACAUGGUCCAUAACAUACCCGAGCAGCAAUCAUGCGCUCUUAACUUUUUAAUUUUUUUCGGGGAAGCGCGAAAUUCGGCGGUGAGGCAAAGAAUAAAGGAAGAAGGACCGCUUGAUCGC